UCAGCCCUGCAGAGUCGCCACACCUGUAUGGAAACUCCACAAGCGGACACUAGCAUAAAUUUAUUCGAGCAGCCAGUGAGGGAAGCGUAGGAGGAGAAGAGGAGAGCACCGCGGUGUUUGGGACCCAUAAUAAACAUACACUAAAAGCACAACACAGGACUAAAGAGAGAAGGAUUCACACAAAGCACCACUGCCUUGAAAACCGCUUACAGCUAUGAUACCCCACUGCAAAGCGAACUACAGCACCAUGACUUUCCUGGUGAUCCUACAGGGGGCAGCAUUGCUGCUGCUCUGUGGCUGGUAUGUCCAAUUUAGCCCCUGCAACCCACCCCCCUCCAAUGACAAAGUCCACGUUCUGGUGCUGUCAUCGUGGAGAUCAGGCUCAUCCUUCCUGGGCCAGGUGUUCAAUCAGCACCCGUCUGUCUUCUACCUUAUGGAGCCCAGUUGGCAUGUGUGGACCCAGCUGAGGCAAAAUGGUGCACGGGCACUUCGAAUGGCAGUGAGGGAUCUCUUACGGAGCCUGUUCCAGUGUGACUUCUCAGUGAUGGAGUCCUACCUUCCCGAGAACCAGAAAACAUUGUUUAUGUGGAGUCAUAGUCGAGCUCUGUGCUCAGCUCCGGUUUGUCCUCUCACGCCACGUGAUCAGCUCAGCAACCAGACACAGUGCAUACAGAAAUGUAAGCCUCAGAACCUGCAAAUUGUAGAGGAGGUGUGUGGCUUUUACUCUCAUGUGGUGUAUAAAGAAGUGCGCAUCUUUGAACUGGAAUCACUUUACCCACUUUUGCAGGACCCAAACUUAGAUCUCCGCAUCAUCCACCUGGUUCGAGACCCACGGGGAGUGAUGCGGUCUAAAGAAGUGAUAGCCGGUAACUUCGUGAAUGAUAACACUAUCGUCUUGGAACAGAAACACAUCAAUAAAACAGAAAUACAGUAUCAGGUCAUGCAGGAGAUCUGUCGCAGUCACUUGCGCAUCAAUGAGAGGGCGGUCCUGAACCCCCCUCCAUUUUUAAAAGGCCGCUACAAAUUGGUUCGCUACGAGGAUGUGACGCGCAACCCACUCGAGGAGAUCAAUGCCUUGUAUCAGUUUGUAGGUCUGGAGAUGACCACCCAGGUGGCCACAUGGAUCUAUAAGGUGACCCACGGAAAAGGGAAAGGCUCCAUUCAAGAAGCUUUCGACAUCACAUCACGGAGCGCCACUGAUGUUUCCCAGGCUUGGCGCACCAUGCUGCCACACAGCAGGGUCAAACGAGUACAGGAAGUGUGUGAAGAGGCCAUGUCGUAUCUCGGGUACAGGACGGUAAACAGUGAAACAGAGCAGAAGAGUCUUGACAUUGAUCUACUGGUACCACAAAAACAGCUCAACUGGUCACUUGAUAAAACACAACCCCCGGGUGACAGUUACAACAGGAAUGACAAAGACUUUAUCACAGAUGGACAACACAAAGGACCAGAUUACUAGAUUAAAAAGGAUGUGUGCCUGAGAUGACAUUAUUAACCCUUUUAUUAUCAACCCAUUCAUCAUAUUUCAUACAUGAAUUUUUGUGAGUUUUUGAGACUUCUACAUCAUCAGUGUGAUUUUCUUCCCCACACUGCAAAACCAAAUGAAAUUGCACAAUACACUUUUAAGGAAUCAACUGCAAAAAAAAUAAAUACAAAAUUUAAAAUGAGGCUUGAUGUAAAACCAACAGACCCUUCAUUUAAAAAAACGAAUUUUAUGGAAAUAAUUUCAUGGUUGAAGCUUUAAAGGAUUAAGGAUAUCUCUUCUCUAUCACUCUACCUUUCUUCCAUUUUCUACCACUCCUGGUCUACCAAGUCACAGAAGCCCAAACCUACUUCUCAAGAACUUCCACAUUGUAUCGUAGCUAUGACUAAAUUCCAAGGGCGUAGAUUUGGCAUGGACGGAAGGGACAUGUCCCCACCAAUAUCCAGUGAUUAUUGAAUU